AAAGUGGGAUGACAAUAUCUUCAAAUAGUGGGUGAUAGCUUUAACCUGUCAAGAGUUUGAAAGAGGGUUUCUGAUUUAACACAGCUUCAUUUGCAUGGCUUGAAAAAGAGAGUGUGUAGGAAGAAGACAUUGCCCAUAUGUAGUGCUGUUUCCAAAUAUUGUUUUAGGAAAACACUUGCUAAAAAAGCAAGAAGCCAGAUGUCAUAUCAAGAGACCUGGGAUUUAGGAAUUAUUCAGAGGAUCCAUCUGUGGUUUGAGUUUUAAAACCUGUUUGCUAGGCUGUUCUGAUCUGGUGCAAUUUACUUUUAAUGAACCUGACUCUUACAAGUAAGGACGUAAGGUUAUGUCCAGAAUGCCAGCCCUUUCUGUGUGUCAUAGUAACUGCAGCACAGAGCUGUCUGUGGGGAUUAAUAAGUCUGUGGGAAAGUGGAUGGCUGAAUGUACUAACCCCAAGGGCAUCAUUAAGGCUCUCUGCAAGAAAUACUUUAAUGCCUAUAACGUGUAAUUUCGCUUUAGAAAUGGACUGCAGUGUUUCUUAUUCUUAUAGAGUAAAUCUUUCAAACUAAACCCAAGAAACUUGGUUAAAAUCAGCAUUUAUUUUUUCAUGUAGUGCAAAGUUCAUCUGGUUCUCCAUAUUUUAUAAUGGAUUUUUUUUUUUUUUAAAUAAAAAGGCAGUUUUAUUUUGGCUACAAUUAGUAUAUUUUUAGCUACUUUGUAUGCAAACAGUCAGAGUGAGUUUAGAAUUCCAAACUUCCAUGCAAAUGCUUGUCUUGACCUCUAGUCAGCUCUCAGCUGCAGUUGCACUGUGGAGGUUCCAUCCGUGAUGUCACUGCUGUGUCAUAAUUUUGCUGGCUGUUCUGCACUGCAGAGACCUGUCCGGUAUGAUGGCCAGAAGAAGCAGGAGUUGUCCUGUCCUCGCUUCUGUUGUAAAUGGCAUUCUUACAGAAGAAGAGAUGAAGAUGAUUCAAGGAUGUAAAAAAUCCUUAAGAAAAUCAUUUUCUGAUUCUGACAUCUCAAAUGGAAAUAAACAGGAUGGUUUCCCUGAAAGAAGCAAGGAAAAGCUCAUGUCUGUCCUACCACAGACUCCAAAUGAGAAUAAGAUGGUCAUAAAUGAGAGCUGGAAAUCUGGUGACUCUGAUGGAAAUGGCCUCAGUCUAUCUGAAAGAGCUCAGGUGGACCAUUACUUAGAAACAUACAUAGAUGGAGAGCCAUGCAAUGCAGGGUCAUUUGUUCUUCCAGGAGAGGUGGAAGAGAUAGGGACUUGCUCUCCACUUCCUUUAGAAAAGUCUUUUCAGCAGAAGCUCAAAAUCUCCUCAGUUCAGGAGCCACUGGACAACAAAGCAGAAGAGCUACUGGGAGAUGAUGUUCAACCAUUCUUACUUGAUGAAGAAUUUGAUUAUGACAACGUGGCACUGACCUCUAAGUUCUCUGAAGCUGAGCUGAUGCCCAUGUAAGAAUUGUCUGAAGAGAAGGGGAGAGAUGUAAAGUCCAGCAGGAGCUGAAGACUGAAUCAGAUGCACUCUGAAUGGCAUUUUGUGCAAUGCUGAUGAAAUAGCAUUCUGGAGAAUAAAUCUUACUUCUUGUACCCUUACUAGAUGCUUUUUGUCUGCGUGGACAGUAAAUGACAUCCUCAGGAUUUUCUUUGUUCCAUCAAGGUGCCUUGGAGCCUGAGGUUGGCUUUCUCUACGCCUCCUAGUCUUAGUCUGAAUGAAAACACAGAUUAGGAAGGUAGUGCUUGCUCAAAGCCACUUGUAUAGUAGCCCUUCAGCAGUGAGGAAUGUUUACCAUCUUUUUAUAUUUUGUGCAUUGAUUUGCUUAGGUAUUCAGGUUGACUAAGAAGGUCUCUGUCAGUCCCUAAAUCCAAAGGGAGUUUUGCAUAGAUCAGUGGCCUCAGUGUUGCUCAGCUUCUUUGUUGUUUUUGAUGUGGUACGAAGCAGCUGGAAGAUGUCUCAAACGAGAGCUGUGAAUUCCCAUUUGUUAAAUAAAAAAAUAAUAAAGUAAAAUCCCUGACUGCAGUAAAGCCCACAUAGCCUCUAGGCAUGCUGGAAUAAUUGCUCCAUGAAACAUAAACAAGCUGGUGUGAUUCAGAAUAGCAGGCAUGGCUACUCUUGCUUAUAUUUGGUACUGACUAGCCUAAAGCUAGUCCUAAAGCUGUCUUUGCUUAUUUCUUUCUGUAAUGUAGAGCUGAAGGAACUUUUUGCAGCUGACAUGUUGGUCUAUAGACUCUUUCUUUGUCACUGCAAGAUUUUAAGAUGUGGAGUUAUACCAGUGAAUAAAUUUGGGGGUAUAUUUUUCUUUCUUCUGAGUUGCUUUAGUUCUUCUGAGACAUAAAUAUGCCAGGUUACCGUCAACUCUUUUGAGAGAGUUGAUCAAAAUUGCUGUUGUGUAACUACUGACAGUUAAACUUCUAGUGCUACAGAAAUCCACCCAGACAGAAAGAAACAUAGUGAAUUAAUCCAUUAAAGAAAUUGGCAUUGAGAGGCUGUCAGAUUUAACUUUUUUUUGGUUUCUGAGAUGAUUUUGGGUACCAGCUUAUGGUUUAUACUCGGCAUCACUGAAAUUCAGCAAGCUCUGGAGAUUGAUAGAAUACAAGACUGUUUUGCUCCUUUGUCAGAAAUUUCUAAGAGCAAAGAAUGGGAUGAAUGAGAAAUAAAUUCUGGAAGAGGUCCAAGAGUAAAUCCAGGAGGAGGAAAUAGAAAGCCGCUCUACAAAAUUAGCAAGGUCAGCCUUUGAGGGCAUCAACAGAGAAUCAGGGAAUGCCACUUCCUUAGCAUAGGUACUUAAUGUAAAUAAAGUAAAUACAGUAAAGAAUCUUUAGUUUAAGAAAGCUCUGUACCGUCUGUCAUUUUGAAAAUGAAUCAACCUUAAAGAUGGGCUUUUGUGAGUUCACAAAAUGACUGACGAUGAAUUUGGCACUAUUUACAUAUAUAUUUCUAGAAAAGUAUGAAGUACAAAUCUAUAGAUAAGUUGUGUUGGAGUCCUAUUGUCACUAUAGUCAGUGACGACUUAUCCAGGAGUUCAUAAUGAUCUUCAGGCCAAAUCAGCUCUGGAAACUAAGUGCAUUUCCUAUUCAUUUCAUUAACAAUCUUUUUCUGUACAUGAGGGAGACAUUCAGCCAUUCGGUUCCUCCUCUCACAGGCAGAUGAUUCUCUUACCAAAUGUUCAGAGUGCCUAUUAAGCUCACUAAGUGUCAUUCAGUAUACUCAUUAUAUGGUUCCAUUAGAUAUAAAGAAACACUGCUGCAGAAUCCCCAACAAAAUGGGAACUCUGGUAACAUUCAUCCUAAGCAGAGAAAAUAGGAUCAUUUACUUAAAUUUGCAUUACUUUUUGCUCUUUUUUGCUCUUUGUUAGCAGAGACAGAUAUGAUAAUCUCCACCACAGUGGAGAUUAGCCAAUGUAGGCUACCUUUUCCAAGUGUGACAUAUUGGCUUUAUUGGAUAUACUGAUGGUUGUUUUUGGCUUGUAACUUUUAACUGACUAUCCUUCACAGAGAAGGCCUGUUUUCCUUUUCUCCAUUACCAAAUCAUCAUUUUAAAAAAUGUACUUGAUUUGCAUUUUAGAUUUUAUACAUAUACAUGGAGUUAGUUACUUGGAUUUGUAUCUAUAUUUCUGUGGUGUUUUGUAAUCUGAAUAAUAUGUAUUUUUCCUCUUUAUUAUUUUAGGCAUUCAGCAUGGUAAGGUACACCCUCCUUUCCUGUUUAUGGUUUUUCUAAACACUUUUCCAGUUUUCGAAAUCAUUAAGGGUAAAAACUCACAAUAGAAAAGGAAAGUGUGUGCUUCCUGGAGUCAGCUUUGUGAUGAUUGCAGUAGGGAGUGGGUCUGGCUUUCUAACUCAGUGAAAGAAGUGUAAAAUCUCUGAUGUUGGGUGAAUUCAUAGGAAAUAAAGGCUGUGUGAUGGAA